AUGAGUAAUAAUAUUGAAAGAAGUUUUUCCGUAAAGAAUAGAAAUUUUCAUCCUGAAGAGACUCCUCCUCAAAGUAGUGGGAAAGUCAAGGUUACCAGACAUUUUACUAAUUAAGUUUAUUAAACUUAAAAUUCAGAAUAAAAGCCUACUAAAGAUGUUGAGAAGGUUAAUGAAUUGAUAAAAUUGAGUGAAUAAAUUAAGAAAGAAUUAUUAAAGGUUAAAUUUUGUAUUCUUUGCAAAAGAAAAUUUCAAAGCAUGAAAUAUUUGAUUGAACAUGAAGAGAAUUCAGAAGUACAUAAAAAGAUUAAAUAAUGA